AUGGAUUAAGGAUCAUUGAAAAACAUUCCUUGCAAAGUUACUAUAGUGAAUGAGUUCGGAGAAGUAAUUCUUGAUACUCUAGUCAAUGAUAAUGGAGAAAGAAUCAGAUCCUGUGCAAUGAUACAUGGCAUCAGGGAAUACCAUCUAAAUGAUGCUCCAUCAAGAGAUCCAAUCUACACUCAUAUUAUGGAAAUCUGCAAGGAUUCCAUUUUCGUCGGGCAUUCUGUUAAGUAUGACCUCAAAGUCAUGGGCAUAGCAAAUGUCUAGUUCAUUGACACAUCUACACUCGAAGAUUAGAAGUAACCCUAAAAGCUGAGGGCCCUUGCAAGAGAAAAGCUUAAUGCCAAGAUUCAGAAUCAUCUUCAUUCCUCAGUAAUUGAUGCAAGAGCCUCAAUGGCUAUUUUUAUGUAGAAGAAAGAUUAAUUUGCUGAGAUGAUUUAGUAUCUUUCAUUUGAGGAUAUUGAAGAUUCAGGCUCUAAAAGUUACAAGAAAAGGCUCAAUCGUUAGAGGAAAGAGCUAUCAUUUCUUGCUAUGUCUCAAACAUUCCAUGGAAAAUCUAAUCAAAGAGUCAUUCCUGAGGACUUUAAGAAAGUUUAUUUCUCUAAGAUCAAUGAUGAGGAUCUCUAUACUGUUAAUCUUGAAGAAAUUAAAUGUAAGAAAAAUGUGACUUGA